CGUUCUGAUUAUACCCUCACAGUGUUCCUUGCCUGUUCAUUGUGAGUUGAUAUCGCCCGCCUCUGGAGAGGAACGGUGGGAUUGAACAACCACCAUGUCUCGCCACGAAACCUCUAACUCUAAGGUGAACGGCAACUUCGAAAGAGUGACCAAAGAUACGGAGAAAGAAUGGGAAGGAAAGUACCUCGAAUUUCACGAUUUCAUUUCUUGGCAAAGGAACAGGGACGAGACUCGGCUUCAGAAACGACAAGAGGCAGAACUUGCUCAGAUCAUGCUUCGACAUGAGGCAGAGAUGGGACAACUUUCUGCUCGAUGGGAUAGCUGUCUUGAGAAAUUGAGCAAGGUCGAAAAGCACAGCUUAGAUGCGGUGCCUCGGUGGACGGAAAUAUUGAGGUCCUCUUUUCCGCAUGAAAACACUGUGGGCACGUCCGACAACCCUCGUGUAGAAGGCAACCAACUGGUUUCGAGGCAGAAUAUAUCGACCCCAGAGCGGCCACCCCUGGACUCUCCACCAGCAGCCGGGGCCAGCGGCCUUCCGACGCCCCCCAGUUCCUCUGCCACGAGUCCCGGGGGCCCUUCGAACGCUAACCCUCUGAACACGAAUAAGCUUCCUGCACCGGCAGCACCGGCAGACAAAGAAGAGAGCGUUAGCGUUGAGCCAUUGCUGCUAAAAGACAAUGAUAGUGACUUGAGUUCUCUACGUAGCGUCACACCGGAAGAGCCGCUGGAUUUGAGGUCAGUGAGGAUCCAGGAUCUUGCUGCGAACGAAGCUGUGUUUCAAUCCAAAUUGCUUAAACCUAGCGGUACAUUCUACGUCUUGAGAUGUCACGAAUGCAGAGGGGAGCUCUUCAGUUUGUCUGGCAAGACGAGUAUACUUACAUUCAAGAAUCAUUUGAGGAAGUGUCGGCCGGCACUCGGCAGGUUCCGAAGUGAUCAGAAAGUACUACUUGUUUUUGGUACAAAGAUCGCCGAUGCCGACGUAGACUGGUACGAACGGAGAGAACGAACACUCUACCCCGGCAGUUCUCCGCACGGGAACGCUUCUAAGGCAACGGUCGAUGCCGCCAUCACAGGCGGAGGUUCUGGAAACAGAAAUCAUGUCGGAGCUGGGACAUGUAAAGACGCCAGACAGACUGGAUUGUCCCAGACAGUUGGGAAUGAUAAAGAUUCAUCGAGCAGCAGCGAAACUGAGGAAAGCGAUGAAAGCGAUGAAAGCGAUACUUCCGACGUGAGCAAUGAAGAUUCAAUGUCCCAGGAAGAUGGGGAGGAUUGGGAGGAUUGCGAGGAUUGCGAGGAUUGCGAGGAUGAGGAGCAUCCCAAAGACGAUGAUCCAGAAGAUGCGACCUAUGAGGAUGAGGCUGUGGAUGAGGUUGAGGAUGAGGCUGAGGAUGAGGAUGAAUAUGAGGCUGAGGAUGAGGAUGAGGAUGAGGAUGAGGAGCAAGAAACAUGCGACGAUUCCGACGGAGCUGAAGAGCCUGGACCCAACCCGAACAUUCUCUUCAAGAGCUAUGCCAAGGCACGACAAUCUACGAACAAUUCCGAUACAUUUAAACCGCGGCCUUCGACCCAAUCUCGCCGAGCAAGAUCGCCGAUUAGCAACCAAAAGCGCCGUACUGACACAUCACCAGAGAAAACGGCCAGCAGUGAAUCCAAGCGGCUUCGCAAAAGCUACACGGCUGCUUCGACUCCAGGCUCCUCUAGAAGUGGCGUGACUCAAAAGCAAAAGCAGACGCUCUCUGUCCAACAUAAAAAGCGCCCUUAUUGGCAUACUACCCGGAGCAAUGGAAACAACGGACUCUUCGAGGGGUUACCAAACUACUAAACGACCAAGUAAGGUCAGAAGAUACCGUGGGUGAUGUUAAGCCACGAGCUUUGUAUUAUUAAGGCAUCACUGCAGCGAAUAAAGCGUAUUGAACCACUCCUU